AUGUCAGUUGUAUUAUUCCAGAGAUAUGGAGAGACAGCAUUAAUGGAGGCUGCCUUGUUUGGACACUUGGAGAUCUGUCGUCUCCUCAUUGAUACAGGAUUUGUAUUAUUCCAGUUAAGUGGAGUGACAGCAUUAAUGAAGGCUGCAUUGGAAGGACACCUGGAGAUCUGUAGUCUCCUCAUUGAUAGAGGAUGUAAGAUCGACACCACAACAGAGGAUGGAGAGACAGCAUUAAUGUGGGCUGCCAGGGGAGGACGCCUGGAGGUCUGUAGACAUCUCAUUGAUAGACGAUGUAAGAUCGACAUCACACAAAACAGUGGAUACACAGCUUUACAUUGUGCUGCUGAGGAGGGAUAUCUACAGAUCACAAGAUGUCUAGUAGAACAAGGAGGUGCCAGUCCCUUGGAUACAACACAUAAGAUGAGAGAUUUGUCUGUAUUUCAGGGUGAGACUCCAUAUGAUCUAGCAGCAAAAAGCAAAAAGAGGCAGAAUGAAGAAGUGAUGGAAUACUUACAGACUGUCAUGUCAGAGAAAUCUUCAGGUGUGACUGCUGGACAAGGGAUAGAAGAUCCAAUCCACACACAGACUAAGUCCGCCAUGUUAAACAGGUUACUUGGCAGUGGAACGUAUGUUUCCUAUGAUAUGCGCUGUAUGGUAACAGGCCAGUUCGCGGUCGGAAAAUCGAGUCUUGUCAAGCUCUUAGCUGGUGAUGUCGUCCCAGAAGGAAGACAUCCUACCGAUGGGAUUUCCCUACUAGAAGGUCGCUGUGGCCUUGAUGUGGAGACUAGAAGCUGGAUUUAUAUUGAUCCAGAAACGUAUGACGCUUUAGAUGUGGUUUACAAUAAGGUGUUGAUGACUUCAGUAGAAGAGGACGAAAGAAAAGAAGAAAAAACACCAAAGAAACCACAUUUACCAGAUUCAAACCUUGUUAGAAGUGAUAGUAAAGUGAUGACCGCAGGUCCCUCCCAACAGCCUCUAGCAGCCAAACCUUUGUCACCUCAAGUAUCCGACAGUGUGUCCAAGAGAAUACCAGAGUUAAAAACACAUAUGAAAUCGAAAAUGACAAAAGAAGAAAUAAAAAAGAGAAUGGAAAAAGUCCUUAAAAGUGGAAACUACAAGAUGAAAGUAGGAAGACUGAUUUUUUGGGACUUUGGUGGACAGUAUGUUUACUAUACGACACACCAAACCUUCAUGACGUUCAGAGCUUUGUUUCUUGUGGUAUUUGACGGAAGCAAAGGAUUACAUGAACUAGUCCCAGAUGUUCUGUGUUUUCCAGGGCAGCACAUGACACCAACACCAGCAGUAUUCCUUCAACAUUGGGUUAACUCUAUUCUAACAUAUUGUAAGGUGGUAUAUGUAGGCAUUCCGAAGAUCUUGUUUGUUGCCACCCAUAAAGACAAAAUACCAGUGGAGGAUGUGGAGUCCAGGCGUGAGGAGUUGUACAAUGGAGUAGAGGAAUUGUUUAAGGACCACGAGGGACGAAACCAUCUUGUCCUAACACAACGGAUAUUUGUCAAUGCAAGGGAUAACACAGAUACAGAAAUUGAAGUCCUGAAGAAAGCCAUCACAGAACUUACGUUUGAACAUCCUUGUUGGGGGGAGAAGAUGCCCAACGCUUGUGUUCCCCUUGAACUCGAGAUAGCAGAGCUAGUGGCAGAAGGAAAACAAAUCUUGUCAUUGAAGGAUGUAGAAGAAUUGAAUGCCAUAAGCAAGGUGUCUGUAAUGUCCCCUGACCAACUCAAAGAUUUCCUAAAUUUCCACCACUCCUUGGGGAAGAUUGUAUACUUUGAUACUCCACAGCUUAAAGAUUUCGUAAUCAUCAACCCCUUACUCAUGGUGGAGGUUAUGAGGUCUUUUGUGACAGAUAAAGUAUUUUGGCCAGAGGAAAAGAAAAUUCAUGAAACUUUUAAAAGAAUGUCAAAAUAUGGGACCAUAAGACGGGAAGACCUCUUUCUAAUCUGGGAGCAAAAAGAUUUCAGUGCAAUAUUGCCAUACAAAGAGUUUAUAUUUAACAGCUUGAUUUAUUUAGAUAUCCUAGCAGAGCAACGGAGAUAUGAUACAUCUACAGGAAGUCGGUUACCAGUGGAAAACUUCUUUGUUCCCUGUAUGGUUACAGAGAGAAAUACCACCAACUUCAUGGACAAAGAAUGUACAUCAGAGAGAGCUAUAUGCUUAGCGUUUUUAUUUAAAGGCACUAUUAUACCACCAGCCCUACCAAAUCGUCUGAUCAGUGCAUGUCUUAGCAUGUGGACCGUGAAGCAGUAUGAAGGGAGACAACUCCUGUUCUCAGGAUUUAUUGGUUUAUCAUUUGACAAAUCACAUGAUAUCGUUGUAUGCGUUGAGGGCAACAAGAUUCUCCUUUACAUCGUUCACAGAACCUCCUCCGGGUUAAUCGUACCUGAUAUAGCUACAGGUGUUAAAGAAUGCCUGGUUGUAACAAUGGAAAGAAUCUCAGAUUUCUACCACUCCACAGUCCAUGCAAAACGCAGCCAACAAUCGCCAUUUCACAUUGAAUAUUCAUGUUCAAAUUUAAAAUGCUUCAUCAGUGCAGAAGAAGCCAAGCAGACCAAUGGAUGGAUUUGUGACAAACAUAACCAAACACACAAAAGAAGACACUGGCGCGUUUGGAAUCAAGAUCAGACAAAAGAACAGUGUGAAGAGGACUGUCAAGGGUUAAGUGAUGACGCUUUAAGCAAGACACCAAGUGAUAUUGAACUGUUGCGUUUUUCAAACCACUGCGAAUCAAAUAAAAUGCAUGAAUUAGUUACACAUCUUGGAAUGCUUGGGAUAUGGAAAGAUGUCGAAUACAAUCAUCCUAAAGAUAUACAGGUUGCCAAAUUUUUGCUGUUAUCAAAGUGGAAAGAGAUAAAAGCUAAAUCCAAUUUCAAAACUUUGUCAGAAGCUCUGAUCAACAUGGGUAUAUCGACCCAUGUUUUGUGUCAAGUAAGAAGAAUCAUCAAAGCAGAAACAGAUAUUCCAGCAGAUUACUUGGAUUUCAUUCCAACGGAUGAAAUUCUAGAUAAAUUAGCUCCAUUAAUUGGUCAAGUGUUUUUCCAACUUGGCACUGAAAUUGGACUAUCAAUUCCUGCCCUAGAAAAUAUACAGAGCAACAAUCCUUCUGACUUAGCAGAACAGAAUAGAGUCGUAUUAUUUAAGUGGAGAGAAGACCAACUAAUCAAACCUACAAUACGGGUCCUUAUUCAGGCUUUAGUUAACAUUGGGAGAGGUGCACGUUGUUUAGAAGAAGUUUUAAAGAAUAUUGAUCUGAACACCCUUAUAGUUUCACAACAAUCGAGAGGUAAAGGGGCAAUUCCAAAGAAACCAAAAAUAAAACCAGAACAGGAAUCACAGAGUCAGCGAAAGGUGUCAAAGACAUGUUCAAUAGCUUGAAUAGAAAAUGGUAAACACAAAUGUGCAUUUAAAAAGGGAAAAUAUACUAUAGGCAAAAGAAGUGAAAAAUAUUGUGCAUAAUUUAGCCUCAUUGUUUGAAAGAUAAGCUAUGCUGUUAACCAUUAUUUUUGUAUUUCAUUUCUUCAAUGAGCAUUCAACAGAUCAAUCCCCUGUUAAUAUACCCUGCUUUGAAAAAGUGAGUGUUUAUUGUUUGACCUCUGUCUGUCCAUCAAUCAGUCCACCCAACAGUCAAUCUGUCAGUCCAUCAGUCCGAUCGUCCCAUGAAUAUUUUUUGUCACAUCUUUCUCAGGAGCUACAUUUAACACAACAAUUUCUGAAAUUUUGUAGCAGGGUUUAUAAAAGUCAGCGUUACCAUGUGUUGCGUUAUCAGAUUCAUAAUUGAACAAUUUCCCGUUAGCCAAACACUUACAUCAUUGAUCAUCAUUUUACACAUAACAUAAAAAUUGAACAUUUUCUUCACAUUUUUCUCAGGAAUUACAUUACAAGGAUUUUAGGGUUUAUAUAAGUCAACUAUACCUUGUGCUGUGUUUUCAGAUAAAACAACUUCCUGUUAACCUUAAAGUAUUCGUUCAUGAAUAUCAUCAGUGAGCAGUAGGUCGCAGUUACACUUGUUCAUUGUAAGGUUUAACACAAAUAAUUAUAAGUGUAUGUAAACCUCUUUGGUGAAUUGUUUUCCUUUUUAACACACGGUUGACUGUUGUACCCCUAUUGGUGACAUUUAUAUCUAUUAUGUUUGUUUUUGUUUACACAUUCUUGACAAGAUAAUUGAAUUUAAUAUAACUCUCAUACAAGUGGCAGCUAAAGCUAGCUUUAAAAAGUUAUCAAAGGUACAAGGAUUAUAAUUAUAUUAGUACGCCAGACGCACGUUUCGUCUACAUAAUACUCAUCAGUGACACUCAUAUCAAAAUAUUAUAAAGCCAAACAUGUACAAAGUUGAAGAGCAUUGAGGAUCAAAAAUUCCAAAAAGUAUAAAACCAGGUUUAAUCCACUUUUUUCUACAUCAGACAGGAAUAUGACAUUCGUUUGAUGUGUUUGAGCUUUUGAUUUUGCUAUUUGAUUAGGAACUUUCUGAUUUGAUUUUUUUUCAGAGUUCAUUUUUUUGUGAUUUCACUUUUUAGCUCACCUGGUCCAAAUGGUCAAGUGAGCUUUUCUCAUCAUUUGGCGUCCGUCGUUAACUUUUACAAAAGUUUUCUCCUCUGAAACUACUGGGGCAAAUUAAACAAAGCUUAGCCACAAUCUUCAUUAGGGUAUCUAGUUUUAAAAAUAUGUCCAACGACCCAGCCAAUCAACCAAGAUAGCCACCAUGGCUGAAAGUAGAACAUGGGAUUAAAAUAAAGUUUGUAGGUUAUAUCUCUGAAACUUAAGCAUUUAGAGUAAAUCUGAUGAGGUAAAGAUGGUCAAGAUCUUUCCGUUCUGAAAUUUUAAGAUGAAUCAGACAAUCCGUUGUUGGGUUUCUGCUCCUGAUUGGUAUUUUUAAGGAAAUUUGGCAGUUUUUGCUAUUAUCUUCAAUACAAUUAUACAUAGAGCUAAACUGUAAACAGCAAUAAUGUUCAGCAAAGUAAGAUCUACAAAAAGUCAACACGAUGAAUAUUGUCAAGUAACCCUUUGAACAGUUGUUGCCCUUUAUAGUAAAUUUUAACAAUUUUGCGUUAUUUUUUUUUAAUCUAUUAGAAAAAUCUUCUCACUUGGUCAUGUUGAAACUACUUAGUCAAAAUUAACUAAAUUUGGCCACAA